CACCCAAUUCUUCCCAAACCCGGGAGGUUCUGCCUUUUUCUUCUCCUUGCCUGUCUCUUACAGUUCCCAAAAUUUCCCCCCCUCCUGUGUCUUCUUCACCCCCUUCUUUUGGGGGCCCCGUGACCCUAAAUGUGGGGGGAACACUAUAUUCCACUACAUUGGAGACCCUGACACGCUUCCCAGACUCCAUGCUGGGGGCCAUGUUUAGGGCUGACACCCUUAUGCCAGCCAAUCUCAACCCGCAAGGAGAUGGCCAUUACUUCAUCGACAGAGAUGGCAAGGCUUUCCGGCACAUCCUCAACUUCCUGCGGCUGGGCCGUCUGGACCUGCCCCGUGGAUAUGGAGAAACUGCACUUCUUAAGGCAGAAGCUGACUUCUACCAGAUCCGGCCCCUCCUGGAUGCCCUGCGGGAAUUGGAAGCUUCUCGGGGUACCCCAGCACCCAGAGCUGCCCUGCUCCAUGCAGACGUAGAUGUCAACCCGCGUCUGGUGCACUUCUCUGCUCGAAGGGGCCCACACCACUAUGAGUUGAGCUCUGUCCAGGUGGACACCUUCCGAGCCAACCUCUUCUGUACUGACCCUGAGUGUCUGGGUGCCAUGCGCAACCGAUUUGGUGUGGCCAGUGGGGACAGGGCAGAGAGUGGUCCACAUUUUCGUCUAGAGUGGGCCUCCCGCCCCCGGGAACUUCCUGAAGUGGAGUAUGAAAGAUUGGGGCUGCAACCACUGUGGACUGGGGGGCCAGAAAAUCGGCGGGAGGUAGCAAACACACCUGCCUUCCUGGAGGAGGUGCUGAGGGUGGCUCUGGAACAUGGCUUCCGCCUGGACUCUGUCUUCCCAGACCCCGAAGACCUGCUGAACUCUAGAUCUUUACGCUUUGUCCGCCACUGAGAAUGCUACCCUUCACUUCACUGUGGAGAGGGAGAGGAACACAUUAGGCAAGGGGCUGAUGGCUCUCCCGAAGCCUUCUUCUAAGUCCUGGGGUAGGAGCUAUGAGAGUCAGGGAUCCCACCACACCUGACUGGGAUUCCCAAAUCGAGCUGCUCCGACUCCCAGGACUCGAGUGGUCCAGAAGAUCUACGCUGGGGCUUAUCCUGGGAAAGCAUCCGUGGAUUCUCGAGCCCGUUCUUGCUUGAGGAUGGGUCCUCUGUAUUCAGGGGUGUGGGGAAGUAAGAAGCACCUCUUUGCCCAGGCUACACUUAGCACUCUGGAGGUUUGAGCACUAGGCGGAAAGACAUACUUUGAAUUGUCAGAUAUGGUCUGCCGGCUAGACUGUGACUUCCCCUCCUGGAGCUGGGCACUUACUUAUCCCACCAUGACCAUUAAGAGGCUAGGAUGUCUGGGAGAUUUCUUACUGUGUCCCAAGCCACCUACUGUGGGAGAUUGAAAAAUAGAAACUUCAUCCUAGGUUGACAAAAGGGGGCUAGGAAAAUCCCUGUCAGCACGGGGACUAGAGCGCCCUUCUGGAAUUGUUUUAGAGGAUGCUCUAUGUAAGUGGGGCUGGACAUGGGGAAAGAUGGUAGUAUUUUUUCGUACCCUGGGCUUCUUUCUUGUGUGUGUGUGUGUGUCUGUGUGUGUGUCAGCCAACGUAUCUGACUGAUGCUUGGGUCCCUGGCAUCUUGAUUCCCAUCCAUGUUGCCAAUUCCUGCGUUUAUGUGAUGGUCCUUCUGUGAUCUUGGCAUGUCCAGGCCUGUUUGGGGUUGCUUAGCAACUCUCCAGGCUCAGGUAUAUCUGUGGUAUGUGUGAGAGCAGAUUGAGAUUUAGUUUAAUCAUAGGGUGUGUGUGUGUUUGCGUGUGUGUUUAUGCCCACACCACCACGUAGGCAGGAGGGGCUUGUUUGAGUUUGACUCACUGGGCCCUCCCUAUGAGAGGUAAAAGCCACUGGGCUUAGCUGGGCCUCUGAGACCUCCGGGAGCUCUUGGUUGCUGAGACAACCAUGAGUCUGUUGCUAGGAAAUAGCCGGGUAAGGCCUAAGGCUGUCCUGGGCAGACAGGAGACAAAGAGGGAGGAGGAUGGAAAGGAGGAUAUAGGAAGGGCUAGCAUUUCUGAGUUCCCGAGUAGAUGGGGCACACACACGCAUCGUCUUCGCUGGGAUUCAUCUAUCACUGUGACUUAAAAGAGGAGAAAUAAAAUUGC